AUGAAGUGCUACGAGCAGCUGCAGCAGCAGCUCGAAGAGGUACCUGACAGUCUAGGUCCGUCCGAGGCUGAGGCCCAUAUUCUACGCGUUGCCUACGCCAAACGCACGCACCUCAACUGGGUUGUGUUUAGGAACCUAGCGCCCGGAAUGGUCGGUAAGGCCGCUGUAUCCAACGAGCUUUGGGGAGCAUCUGCGCUUAGUAUGCGUGUCGAUAAGUUCAAGCUGGAGGGAGACUAG